CUUUGCCUUCACAGGAUUUGCUCACCCUCCAGAUGGAUGCUGCAUAGACGCUCUGAAUGCUUUCUGCUCGCUCGCUGUCAUCCCUUACUGACUUGGAGGCGCGCAAACCGUCGCGCGAUGCGUUUUGACAAGUCACGCGCGCCCGCAAAAAAAAGGCGCGCUUAAUCCGGCGGUACGUGGGAUUGGGCGGGAAGAGAGUCAGUUGAGGAAACACGGGAUUGGGCGAAUGGAAGAGUCAAACCGCUGCUGUCUAUGACUCAGAUGAAGAGAAGAGACGAAUCCACUUCACUUUACCUCAGCUGAACGGAGGAAAGAGACCUUAUUAUUGACCUAAUUGGAAUUAAUAACAGUUUGGGGCAAAUAAGGAAGAAUAUUAAGGAAUAUUAUACUAUUUAACGAUGGCUUUCAUGGUAAAACACGUUGUUGGCGGUCAGUUGAAGAAUCUGACAGGAGGUCUGACAGAAGAUAAAUCUGACGGAGACAAAUCCGACGCCGCUAAAGGAAUGACACAAGAAGAGUUUGAGCAGUACCAACAACAGCUAGAGGAGGAAAAGCAGGAGCGAGACGCCAGUUUUGCCCAGAAGAAGGCGGAGAGGGCGACAGUCAGGUCUCACUUUAGAGACAAAUACAGGUUGCCAAAGAACGAGCUGGACGAGACUCAGAUCCAGGCGGCAGCGGACGACGUCGAGCUCCCCACAGAACUGGCCAAGAUGAUCGCCGAAGACAACCAGGAGGAGGAACAGAAGCAGUCCGUUCUGGGUCACCUGACCAACAUCCAGAACGUGGACAUGGGUCACCUGAAGGACAAAGCUCAGGCCACACUGGAGGACCUGAAGAGCUCCGCGGAGAAGUGCUGCGUCAUGUGAUCUCACUGCAUCCUCACACCUGGACACGGUUCUUCUGUCCUCAUCCCUGUGUCUCCUCCAAACACACACUCACACACUCACUAUCUCUCUCUCUCACACACACACACAUACACUCUCUCUCUCUCUAUCUCUCUCUCUCUCACACAGACACACACACUCUCUCUCACACUCAAACACACUCUCUCUCUCUCUCACACACACACACACACUCUCACACAUAUAUCCGGUGUGACGUGUAGGGCAGUAUUUGUUUCAUGAUGCUGAUAUCGUUCUUAUCGAGUUUAAAUGUCAUGUGUGUCUCAUCAACUGUACGAGAAUCUCACAAAAACAUGAUCGGGUCACAUUUCACAUCAUUAAAAAAAUAUAUAUUAAUCUUGAAGGGAUAGUUCACCCAAAAAUAAAAAUGAUC